AUGUCACGAGAAAUACUCUCUUGUGGCGCCGAUCCCGGCAACCAUUGCUUCAAUUGCUGCGUGCAAAUGAAGUGCCAUACCUAUGGGGCCAACCCCGUACAGUCCUGAUCACCACUUUAGGCACCACUCACUGUGCGGAAACUUAUCAGGCACUAGAAGAUAUUCUGAAGAAGCUGCGAAUUGACCCGCCUUCCACUGAGGAGAGACGGAGCCUGUCCACUAUAGACUUAGCAAGGAUCAGAGAAUUCAUGCCGUGGACGGCACCGCACCGAUGCUGCAACUUGGCUGGGAGCCAGCCGAGCCAUGAAGGCUGA